UAUAGGCGUAUCAGUUUAGUCAAAAGUCGAAGGUUUUGAUGCGACAUGUAGCCUAGACUAAAAAUGGAGAUCCUGGUUUUCCUGGCUCUCCUGGGAGUAGGUCUACAAGGCGCCGCGGCAGUGACUCACUCUCUGAAGUAUUUCUACACUGGAUCUUCUGGAGUCCCAAACUUCCCAGAGUUUGUGUCUGUUGGGUUGGUUGAUAAAGUUCAGAUAGAUCACUUUGACAGUAACACCAGGAGAGCAGAACCCAAACAGGACUGGAUGAGGAGAGUCACAACAGAUGAUCCUCAGUACUGGGAGCGGGAGACUCAGAUCCGUCUGGGUGCCCAGCAGUGGUUCAAAGCCAACAUUGACAUAUUGAAGCAGCGCUUUAACCAAACUGGAGGUGCACAUUUUGCCCAGAGGAUGGUCGGAUGUGAGUGGGACGAUGAGACUGGAGAGGUUAAAGGUUUUUUUCAAGAUGGUUACGAUGGAGAAGACUUCAUAGUAUUUGACCUGAAGACAGAGACAUGGAUCGCUCCAAAACCACAGGCUGUCAUCACCAAACACAAGUGGGAUAAUCAAGCUGUGAUCGCACAGAGGAAGAACUACCUGACCCAGGAGUGCGUUGACUGGCUGAAGAAGUAUGUGGACUAUGGGAGGAGCUCUCUGCUGAGAAAAGACCCUCCCUCAGUGUCUCUCCUCCAGAAGACUCCCUCCUCUCCAGUCAGCUGCCACGCUACAGGUUUCUACCCUGACAGAGCCACGAUGUUCUGGAGGAAAGAUGGAGAGGAGCUUCAUGAGGACGUGGACCACGGAGAGAUCCUCCCCAACAACGAUGGAUCCUUCCAGAUGAGUGUUGACCUGAAACCUCCAACUGGAGACUGGGAGAAGUACGAAUGUGUGUUUCAGCUCGCUGGUGUGAAGAACGACAUCAUCACCAAACUGGAGAAACCAAAGAUCAGAACCAACUUGGAUACAACUAGAAUCAGAAGUUAUGAAGAGAAGCCCACUGAUAUCAUCAUCUCCAUCAUUGCUGCAGUGGUUGUUGCUGUCAUCGUCCUCAUUGCAGUGAUUGGAUUCUUCAUUUACAAAAAGAUAAAAGGUGAGAGGAAUUCCAAACUUAGCAUUUCCAGUUCUUCUUUAAAUGUUGUUCUUUGAGUCAAUGCUUCUCCA